ACUGGCUUCGGAGCACGAACAUAGAUUUCCUUCACCAAGCGCCUUAGAACGACAUGUUGCCUGCAACUUUCAAACUGUGCGCCGGUAUCUCCUACCGUCAUGCAAGAAACAUGACAGGGCUGAGGAAGACGGCCAUGGUUGCCAUUAACCAUGAGCUGAGCAGGCUGUCAGGCCCAGGGCCCAGCAGCUGGAUCAGCCAGGUCCGGAGGAGGAGCUCCCUACUGAGCAGCAGGAUCGAGGAGAAGGCCUUCAGCGAAACGGACAUGUCCUACAUCAAACAGGGGGAAGAGGCCCUCCAGAAGUCAAUCAGCAUCCUCAGUGACCAGGAUGGCUGGCAGACGGAGAUUGUGGCAGCCAAUGGAGACAAGGUGCUGAGCAAGGUGUUGCCAGACAUUGGGAAAGUGUUCAAACUGGAGGUCUUACUGGACCAGCGACCUGACAACCUGUACGGGGAGCUGGUGGAUAACAUGGAGCAGAUGGGCGAGUGGAACCCCAACGUGAAGCAGAUUAAGAUUCUGCAGAGGAUUGGCCAGGACACCAUGGUGACCCACGAGAUGGCGGCGGAGACCCCGGGGAAUGUGGUCGGGCCGCGGGACUUCGUGAGCGUGCGCUGCGCCAAGCGCAGGGGCUCCACCUGCUUCCUGGCGGGGAUGUCCACGCACUACGCCGGCAUGCCAGAACAGAAGGGCUUCGUCCGAGCAGAGAACGGGCCAACGUGCAUCGUUAUGCGACCCAGUACCGAAGACCCAGAUAAAACCAAAUUCACCUGGUUGCUCAGUAUAGACCUAAAGGGGUGGAUACCGAAGACCAUAAUCAACAGGGUGCUGUCCCAGACGCAGGUGGACUUUGCGCAGCACCUGAGGCAGAGGAUGGCAGCUGGCCACAGCAUGGAGGCAGCACAGGCUUGCUGAUGUCACAGCCCUGCCCCCCCUCCCCACCCCAAGAGGCACGUGCACACUGAGGACCACACCCUUCCCAGCAGCUACUGUCAACACUCCUGUCUACACCACACAGAAACAGACCCCUUCCACGCCGAGGCUCUGAUUCGCCGGUUCUGCCCGUUUCAGGAGAGCAGGGCGCUUCCGAAGUCUAUCAAACAAAACCAGAGCUACUUUCUGCAAUACUGCAACACAAA